GAUGCAUGCCACCCAAGGUUUCUGGCAGGACCCAACAGGCUGACUCUGGGAAAGUGAGGCAGUGCUCAGAAUCUGCUGAGAGCAACUGGGGUCAGAGGACUAACCCUAACCCUGCCCUUUCCACUCCAGCCUUCACCCAAAGGCCCUACAAGGCACCCCUCCCUCCCUCCCUCCCUCCCUCCCUCCGCGGUCGGCAGCCUAUUGCUCUCCUCCUCCUCGCGGCACUCCUGCACUUCUGGCAGGGCUUGUGCUUGUCUCAGGCGCUUCAAGCUGCUCUGGCAAUCUUGCAGUGGAAACGUUGUGUGGCUGCCCUCUCUUUGCUUACAGACUCGCCAGGCUCUUCAGCAGCCCCAGGGGGCACUCCCAAGGCCUCCCUCCCCUUUCUCUUUGCAGGUGCAAACAAAGUCCCUUGAACUGGAUGGGAGCAGUCUAAGCCACAGCAGGGAAGAGCAGGGAAGGAUGCUCUUGGGGGUCUGUCUGGGUGCCUUGGCUCUCACUGUCUUCUCUUUGGCCUCAUCCACCACAGAAAUGAAAGUUGAUGUCUUUCAGAAGCAUGUGAAUCUCAGCUGCUCCACAGAUAACCCCGAAUGGAAAAUAAAAGAGUGGAGCAAGUAUAAACCUCUACACAAGAGUGGAAUAUUGACCAUACCACUCAGUGAGGGGAAAGUGACCAAGGGUCAGUACUCCUGUGUCUCCAAGGAUGAUCAGACAUCCAGGAUUUAUCUGCAGAUCAAAGCCUGUGAAGACUGUGUGGAACUGAGCACCGGGUUUGUGGCCGGCAUCGUCAUCGCUGACCUGCUCAUCACCUGCGGGGUCCUCUUCCUGGUCUACUACUUCAGCAAGAGCCGUGGAGGGGCUGCAGGGGGUGGCCCCCGCACACGGACACAAGGCCCAAAGGGGGACUGCCCCCCACCUGUCCCAAACCCAGACUAUGAGCCCAUCCGGAAAGGCCAGCGGGAGGUGUAUGCCGGACUAGAGGCCAGGGCCUUCUGAGACGCACCACAGAUGAUGCUGGGCGGAGAUGCAGUGCCAGGAAACCAUUUUGCUGGUGGCCGUGGCCAGAGACUGCGUCUACAGCACCGCCAUUUCCUUGUGCCACCAGCAGCUUCGGUGUGUGUGUGUUGUUUUCCUCUCUGAUUCUUGCAGCCGCUGCCUCCUCCUCCUCCUACGCAGCUCAGCCCCUUCCCUCCAGUGGGUCUGGAUGUGCCUCAGGAUAGUGGAGAGGGGGGCCUUCCGACUGCUCUGCUACCAUCUCCCAGCCAUGGCUGGAGCUCCCCCAGCGCAACACAGGGUAUCUGGGGGGGGGGGCUGCUUGGAACACAGAGACCUAGGGCAGGCCACAGGUACUGGGAGGGGCUGUGUGGGGUUAGGGUUGGGGUCAGGGCCCGACCCUCACCCCCCACCCUCACCCCCCACCCUCACCCCCCACCCUCACCGCCUGGACUUGCCCCGCGAGCAGUGCUCCACCCCUGAACAGAACCUGAUUGCAGGGGCAGGGGGUGUCCUAGUUCUAGAGCCUUUGACUAAGGGGGUCUGACAGAACCUGCUCCCCCAAGGCAUCCCCCCUUCUUCAUCCAUCAGUCCUGGCCCCCUUCCCUGCAUCAACUCUUUGAACUUAAGCCCCUUGUAGUCAGACACCCCCCCGCCACAAGGCUCCUGCCACUCAGGGAGAACGGUCAGUCUACCGGCUCAGCUGCCUUUGCUGCCUUCGUCCUUCUCCUGGCCUGCCACGUGGUGGGUCCUGGGUUCAGGCACCACAGGAAGCAACUGCAAUCUGCCGCCCCCAGAGCAGUGCUCUGACCUCUUUGGAAAAAGCCUGUUUCCGUGUUUAUUUUGGUUGUGUUUGCAAGGAAUUGUAAUAAAGUGGCUUCUGGUCCAGCCG